CGUACGUUAUAUGUAGGAGAUCUUGAUCCGAGUGUUCAAGAAACAGAACUAUACACCAAAUUUCAUGAGAUUACUCAUGAUGUUUCCUCUGUUAAACUUUGUCGUGACAGAGACACCGGCUCAUCACUAGGCUAUGCCUAUGUCAAUUUCAACCAUAGUUCCCAAGCAAAGAUUGCAAUGGAUGAGCUGAACUUUUAUAAGUUAAAGGGGAAACAGAUGAGGAUAAUGUUUUCAGAACGUGAUCCUAGCAAGAGGAGAAGCGGUCGAGGCAACGUGUUCGUCAAGAAUUUGCACGAAUCUGUCGACAACAAGCAACUUUGUGACAUGUUCUCUACAUUUGGCAAAGUUCUGUCUUGCAAAGUGGUUUGUGAUGCUUAUGGAGUUUCGAAAGGAUACGGGUUCGUCCAGUUCUUAUCGGAGCUUUCACUCAUUAACGCAUGUAAUGUUAACAAUGGCAAAGUCAUCCGUAAUCGACAUAUUCACGUUUGUCCAUUUGUUAGUCGUCGUCAAUGGGAUGAAUCGCCGGUUUUCACUAAUGUGUAUGUUAAAAACUUGGCGGAUACUGCGAAUGAUGCUGAUUUGAAGAGGCUUUUUGGGGAGUUUGGGGAGAUAACUAGUGCAGUGGUGAUGAAAGAUGGAGAAGGUAAGUCUAGAAGGUUUGGGUUUGUGAACUUUGAGAAGGCUGAUGACGCGGUUAGCGCGAUAGAGAAAAUGAACGGGACAAUAGUCGAUGAGAAGAAGUUGUAUGUAGGGAGGGCUCAGAGGAAGACUAAUAGAGUUGAGGAUUUGAAAGCCAAAUUCAAAGAAGAGAAAUUAAGACAGGUGAGUACAAGUCCAGGGUUGAAUCUUUAUGUGAAGAAUCUUGAGGAUUGUGUUGAUAACAAAAUGCUUCAAGAAUUAUUCUCCGAGUUUGGAACCAUCACUUCUUGCAAGGUCAUGGUCCAUCCCAAUGGUGUGAGCAAAGGUGUUGGGUUUGUCAAGUUCUCAACGAGCGAGGAAGCUUCUAGAGCUAUGCUAAAUAUGGAUGGGAAGAUGGUGGGAAACAAACUUAUCUAUGUUUCUUUUGCACAAUGUAAAGAGGAACGUAGGCUUCAUUUACAAACUCAAUUUGAUAACCUACCGCGAACGUCAGCUAUAGCAUCAAGUCCUCACCAACAUCCUUUCUUUAGUCAAGCGGCCGCUCCGACAACAAUGUUAUCUCCGCAACCUCCAGUCGGAGGAUACAAUUUCCAACCGUAUCCCAUAUAUGGAUCAAGACUGCCAAACAGUUUCCCUUCAAUGGCUAUCACUAAUUUCAUGGUGCAACAACCAUUUCGUCCAACACCAUACCCAUCUGCUCCUCCUGUCGGCUUCCACCCUAGUUUGCAACAACCACUACUACAACCGAGGCUACUAGUAGCUUAUAAGGAUUUAACAUUAUGUCGAAACUAG